AUGGACGUUUCUUUUUUAAAAAUUAUUUUUGCCUUUAUGGCAUUUUCAAUCGUCAUUUUAAGUGUUCUAAUUAAUUUAAUUGAAUCUAAAUUACCAGUGUCUAUAGUGCAAACAUUCAGGUAUGGUAAAUUUUCAAGUGAAAAGAAACAUUUCUUGGUCAACUACUUGGAAGUACCAAAAAAUUGGUUCAAACACUUUUACGUAUUUGCUGCUAUGUGGUCGACACUUGGAUUUGUAUUAGUAAUACUAGCUUUCGUGUUCAAAGUGCCUGUUCCUGAAUUCAUAACACAUUUUUUGGACAUGGUAGCACUAAAGAAUCGACGGACUUCAUACAAUGCAACUGCUACUACUGUUGCCAUGUUAUGUAUGCUAAUCCAGUGCUGGAAGCGUUUUUAUGAAACUCAUUAUUUAAGUAUUUUUUCAAAUUCGAAAAUUAAUAUUUCUCAUUAUGCUAUUGGAUAUAUACACUACUUUGGUUGCAUAGCUGCCAUUUUAGCUGAAGCACCUUCGCCUUUCACCUCACUUUCUGUUGAUCAUCAGUCCUACUUUUUAAUUAAUGAUAUAAACAUUAGACUGAUCAUUGGAAUUAUUAUCUUUCUGUGGGCUUUCCAACAACAGUAUUUGGCAAAUGUAAAUUUGGUUAAUUUGAGAACAGAUAGAGAAGGAAAAGUUAUAACAUAUGAACACAAAAUUCCAACUGGUGGUUUAUUUGACAAAAUAUCUUGUCCUCAUUUGUUUUGCGAAAUGCUUAUGUAUAUGGCCGUAUACAUCAUGCUUUGGGGAAGUCAGAUUUGGCCUUACAUUUUUUUUUGGGUAUUGAGUAAUCAGUGUGAGUCUGCAAUGCUUAAUCAUUGGUGGUAUCAAUCAAAAUUCAAAAUGUAUCCUAAGGAAAGAUAUGCGUUCAUUCCAUACAUAUUAUAA